AUGUCAGAAGAGUAAUAAUAAAUUAUGAAAAAAACCUCCAUUGCGAAAAGGAUUUUAUUCUAUGCCAUCAUUAUUUUAAGUAGAAUUUCUUUUUAUGCUGAAAUUUAAAAAAAAAUGGAAUAAACUUGA